AUGCUUGUGCUGGAACUGAUAAAAAGGCAACAACGAAUAAAAGCUCCGAAUUCGGAUCAGUACCCACCGUAUGAUUUAUUACAGAUAAGAAGUUAUUACUCAAAUAUUGUUCAUAGAGCAGAGAAAGUUGAAAUCAAAAAGAUGUUCCUCAUUUCGACACCUGUUGAUGAUUGUCCCGAAGCUAGCUGGUUGAAAUUACAAAAUGUCGCUCGCAAUUUUGCUACAUUUUCCAACAUAGCAAUUCCAAAUUUUCGAACUGCUCCAAUAGCUGAGCUUUAUGAAUUAUCGAAAGAUAUGCAAUUAUUGGAUCAUUCAGUGGAAAAUUUAUUCCGAUCAUUUCUAUCUGCUUUUGAGAAUGUUCUGCUAUUUGAAGAUAUUGAUUUGUUGGAAAAUUUGAUAAUCCGAAAGCAGAGAUACGGUGAAAAUAUCACUGAUUUCUCAUGGAAUAUGGCCAUAUAUUCGCCACAUUUGUUAUUAUCUGAUUUAUGCGAACUAUUUUACAAACAUUUUCAAAAUCUUGACCAACAAAUACGGCAUAAUGUUACAACAUAUAAGGAAAAUUUGAAAAUAGCUAAAGAAUAUAUCCGUACUGAGGAAACAUUAGCCACACAAAAUUUAGCUUGUUUUGUACGUGAGGAAACCAUUAUUGAUACGGAAUAUAUUCAAUCAGUUUAUGUAGCUGUACCACAGCAAUCAGCUAAUACAUGGUUAGAAAUUUGCGAAACACUUCAUGAUUCAAUGGUAGCAUGUUCCAGUUGUUUUAUUAUUGAAGAUGAUGAUUACAAGUUGUAUUCGGUGGUUGUUGUCCGUGAAGAUUUCUUGGAAUUUCGGGAUAAUUGCGCCAAAUAUGGCUUCAUUGCUCGAGGAUAUCAGUGUGAUCCGGAUGGAUUCGCCAGAAAGCUUCAUGAACGACAAAAAGUUGAAGAAGCUGCACGAUAUCAAAAUAUAAUGCUCAUUCAAUGGCUCAAACUAAUGGCUGAUGAGAUUUUUGAGGUGCUAAUUCAUAUUAAAAUAUUUCGAGCAUAUAUCUCAAGUUUGAUAAUAUACGAUGGUCGAGAAUUCCAAAUUAUCAUGUUUUAUCCACGUAAAAAUUCGUCGCAACGAUUGCAAUCCGAAUUGACGAAGUUGUAUGAGGAGCAGGAAGAAUCAGAUGUGACAGACGAAACGGUUUCGUUGCACUCAUCGGAUUUAUCAGACUCGGAUGCGGAUUCUAAUUCAGGUCCGGAGAGAAAACCGAAAAUUGAGAGUCUCUAUCCGCCUUAUUUAAUCUAUAAAGUAGGUCUACCUUUUCCAGAAUACUAA